AUGGCCUCUUGGCUGCGAGGCAAGGUUGGUCGUUCAGUUGUUUUGAGGUUUGCGAUUAAGGCUUCUGCCCUUUCGUCAUCACUGUGGUCCUUCGUGAGUCGUCGUGUUCUUUUGGCUGUGAGGCUACCUUUGCAUAAUCACUGUGGUCUCCGUGAGUUCGACUGUCUUUGCGUCUGCCUUUUGGGUGCUCGCUAG